CUUGACAACAACCUUGCCCUCAAACCAAUCUUGUUCUAUUGUAACGGGAACGAUUCACAGUCACCAUGCUUGAAGCACGCUUAGAACAGGCCAACCUUCUCAAGAAGGUUGUCGAUGCCAUCAAAGACCUCGUCCAAGACUGCAACUUCGACUGCAAUGACUCUGGUAUCGCGCUCCAGGCCAUGGACAACUCCCACGUGGCCCUCGUCUCUAUGCUGCUGAGGUCCGAAGCCUUCUCGCCCUUUCGCUGCGACCGCAACAUCGCGCUCGGUAUCAACCUCGGCUCGCUGACAAAGGUGCUGCGCGCGGCCCAGGGCGAGGAAAUCCUCACGCUCAAGGCAGAGGAUGCGCCCGAUGUUGUCAACCUCGUCUUCGAGAACAAGACAACGGACAGGAUUAGCGAGUACGAUAUCAAGCUCAUGGACAUCGACCAGGAGCAUCUGGGUAUCCCUGAGACAGAGUACGCGGCCACCAUCUCAAUGCCUGCGGCGGAGUUCCAGCGCAUCUGCAGGGAUCUGAGUGCGUUGUCAGAGUCAGUCUCGAUCGAGUGCACGAAAGAGGGUGUCAAGUUUGCUUGCUCUGGCGACAUAGGCUCCGGAUCUGUCCAGCUCAGGCAACAUACGGCCGUUGACAAGCCGGGUGACAGCGUCGAGAUUGACCUGACCGAGCCAGUGGCUCUCACAUUCUCCUUGAAGUACCUCGUCAACUUCUGCAAGGCCAGCGGUCUGUCUGAUCAGGUCAAGCUGUGCCUGUCCAGCGAGGUUCCCCUGCUCGUCGAAUAUGGUCUGCAAAACAACAGCUACCUACGAUUCUACCUCGCGCCCAAGAUUGGUGAUGAGGAGUAAGCGCAUCAUGACUUGCAUCGAUAUGAACGACAUGUUUUCAGGAUUCAAGCGGGGUAUAGCCGGC